AUGGAACUCAACCUCGCUACGCCCACAUCAUGUUCCUCGAGCAGUAUCUCAUCCUCUUCGCAGGAGAUCGGGUUUUUAACCGGUAUCAAGGGGAAAAUGAAAGAGAAGAUUGCGGCUGAGCCAGCGACUGAGACUCCGAGGCUAGAGUUUCGCUUCUUGUUCAACAGCGACAACAUAAGAAACUCUGGUUUUGGAUCAGAUUUAGAUGAGGCAGAAGGGACGAAGGAGAAGGAGGCUAAAGCGAGGGUGUUUGCUUGCACCUUCUGCAAGAAAGAGUUCUCUACUUCUCAAGCCUUAGGAGGACAUCAGAACGCUCACAAGCAAGAGCGAUCAUUGGCCAAAAGACGUAAAGAGUUCGAAAUCAACUAUCCUGGUGAGUACUCCUUCUACAGUCAAUACGCACCAAGUGGUGUUUCCUACAACAGCAGCAGCUCCCAGUAUGAUCUUGGGGUUCGUUACAACCCCAACAUUGGUAAAUCUAAGGCCUACCCGUUCAACAUCUUCAGAUGUCGUUUAGGAUACAGAGGGCUUAACAUAAAUUCCCAUAUCCCUCUCCUGUCCCACCUCUCGUGCCAAAAGACCGACGAUUUGUCCAAAAAUUUGAUUUCAAACCUAGAAGGCAGCAUUCAUACGAAUAGCGAGCAAGGCGAGGAACAAGAUCUAUCGGACUCUCAUACUUGCAAGGAUUCUGAGAUAGACUUGUCUCUGAAGCUGUAG